AGGGCAUACCGCCCAAGCGUAUCAAAAAUGGCGCUAAAACAUGGCGCAUGAUUCCAACUUCGAGCUAGAGCGAAACCAUCUUCUGAUUCAUGGAAUACUAUAAUACAAACGAACCAGCGUUGAGUCGGUAAUUUUUCGCUGUGUUUUUAAAGAUUAUGUAUGUUCAUGCGAGAAAAUCUUGAUAAGUUUGCUUGCCAGGACCAACAUGUUGCAGUAUUUGAAAAUGUUUGAACUACUUUGGGGGCGCGACAAGCGCCUGCGUGCUUUUGUUUUGUUGUUUCCCCGCGAUCUGCUGGCGCUGUACUCCUUAGAACUUGUGUGAUGCUUGUGUUUCGUUUUCCUCGUUUCUUCUGCGCUGACCGCUCCCUGGUCUCCCUUUCCCCAAGACUCAGCGCGCUCGGCCAACCCAGCUUCUCCGGUUCUCACAGCCACGUCCGCCGUAUCACGCGUAUCUUUCUAUGACCAACGUCCAGGCUGAGAGGAGACAGAUACAAAGCCAAGAUGCGCAGAUUUCCAGAACCGUAGAGGACGACCUCUCCGUUCGCUCAGUUCUUCCUCUAUCAACGCUUAGCGAAACGCGGCGACUACCACCUGGCAAAGAAUGGAAGCCACUCGCAAAAGUUACCUCGGGCUGGACUUCAGCACGCAGCAGCUGAAAGGUCUGGCGAUCGAUGACAAGCUCAAAGUGCUUUGCGAAGCAGCAGUUCAGUUCGACAAUGACUUGCCCGAGUAUCGCACUCAAAACGGUGUGAACAAGAAUCGCGACACCUUGACAGUGACGGCGCCCGCAAUCAUGUGGGUAAAAGCACUUGACAUGCUGCUAGAGCGCCUCAAGGUAGCAGGCCUUGACCUGUCAACCGUAGCGGCCAUCUCCGGGAGCGGUCAGCAACACGGAAGCGUUUACUGGAGAAAGGGCGCCGCCGAUAUGCUCCGAGAUCUCGACGCAUCAAAGUUUCUCCACGAUCAACUUCAGGGAGCGUUCAGCGUUCGCGAUUCCCCAGUCUGGAUGGACUCGAGUACCGAGGCCCAGUGCCGCAACCUUGAGACAGCCGUCGGUGGAGCGCAGAAUCUUGCGGGCAUCACCGGCUCGCGAGCAUUCGAGCGCUUCACAGGCAACCAAAUCGCCAAGAUCUGGCAGACGAAACGCGACGCCUACGCGAAUACCGAACGCAUCUCCCUGGUGAGCAGUUUUGGCGCUACAUUAUUCCUCGGCCGCUACGCGCCAAUUGACUUUAGCGACGGCUCUGGCAUGAACUUGCUGAAUAUACGUACUCACCGCUGGGAACGCGCAUGCCUCGACGCCUGCGCGCCAGAUUUGGAAGCCAAGCUCGGCGAGCCCGUACCGUCUCAUGAAGUGCUCGGCACUGUCUCACCGUAUUUCGUGGACCGCUACGGGUUUCCACCGGACUGCUUGGUUGUCGCGUUCACGGGCGACAACCCGGCGUCGUUGGCUGGGCUCCGUCUCCGCGGUGGCGACCUGCUUGUCAGCCUUGGAACUAGUGAUACCGUGCUGAUGUGGUUGAGCGAGGCGAAGCCCGCCCUCGAAGGCCACGUGAUGGUGAACCCUGUCGCUAGUGACAACUUCAUGGGAAUGUUGUGCUACAAAAAUGGUUCACUGACCCGACAAAGAGUGAGGGACCAAUGUGCUGGAGGUUCCUGGGACAUAUUUGCGUCUCUCAUUGACAGCACACCCCGCGGUAACUUUGGAAAUAUUGGCAUGUAUUUUGACUUGAAGGAGAUCCUUCCGCCCGUGGUAGGUGACUUCAAGUUCAACAAGAGUAACGAGAGGGUUGCAAAGUUCUCCCAGGAAGUUGAAGCGAGGGCAGUUGUCGAAGGUCAAUUCCUUGCUAAACGUGUUCAUGCAGAACGACUUGGGUUCACUACUGGCGGCAGAGUGCUGGCGACUGGUGGUGCCUCCCGAAAUCCUGGAAUUGUUCAAGUAUUAGCUGACGUUUUUGGUGCCUCAGUGUAUACGCUUGGCAAAGCUGCUGCAAAUGCCGCAUGUCUUGGGGCGGCCUACCUGGCUUUCUUUGGUGCAUGCAAGAAAUCUGAGCCUGGACUAUCCUUUGAUAAUGUAAUCAGUGAAGCAGAGCCGUUCCACUUGGUAGCUAAGCCAAGUGCUGAUGCAGCUUCCGUCUACGGUCCAAUGGCAGAACGAUAUCGCACACUUGAGCAAAGGGUAGUUUCACUGCAAGUGCAAAGCACUCCCUAAUAUUUUUCACCUCUAUGCAGUGCCUUGAGAUAUACUUUCCUAUUUUUUUGGUGGAUGGGUCCAGGUAAAAAUUAGUGUUCUGUAUAUGUUUCGCUACGGGUAUUGCAGUGUAGUGUAACUGCAUGGCUGAAAUGGUAGCGUAAAUGUUAUGGAAUAACAUAACCAUAUGUUUGUGUUGUGUGUUCCAACUUGCUUCUCUUUGCGCUGUGGCAUUUGUCACAAACUCAUAUAACUAUGCACACUGUUACUGCAAAUUUGUGUGUCGAGCCUAUAGAUGCUCUUUCAGGCACUGCCAGGGUAAUAUUUAUUUAAUUACAUUCAUUCCACUCUUAACACAGCUGUGCUUAUUGUACGCAGUGUUCACAUCGAAGAUGUCUUUUGGGCUAUGGUGCAAUGGAGCUUUACGGUAUUCUUUACACCAGUUGAUUCUUUUUAUUAAUACACCUGUGAUAUUUAACAUUUGUUUCCUGAGACUUUUAUACAGUCUCAUUUGACAAUACGCUGGCUUAUGUGCUUUCGGCCUCCCAAUAAAGCACCCCUGGAAAUUUUUACUGCUGCUUCAUGGACUCUGUAUGGAUGCUUACAAAGAUGUCUUAGCCAUCUGAAUAACCUGCUGUCCUUGAACUUUAUCUGCACAUAUUUGUUAAUCUGUAGGUGUCUAAACCCUACUGCAGUGGAAAGAUAUCUUCUAUGGGAAUGUUCUGAAAUAUAGAGAUUAGAGCAUGCAAGCAAAAGAGGAACACUUAAGGGGACACAGCAACUAAAUAGAACUAAACUGAGCUGAAACAGCACUUAUGUGUGACUUACAACAUGGUCAUACCAGCUUACAGUAAGUGUGACCAUGUCCCAUUGCAUUUGCAAUGUGUGGAAAAUGCUCUGAGGCAGUUGUGUAGCCAGAAUCGUUCACACCAAUAUCCACCAAGGGCUAUUCACUGUCUUGAAAUGACGUGAAGUCACUAGGAGCAUAACCGAUAUCAGCAGCAGGCUGAGAAGAAGAAUAUUCUACCCCACUUUAGGAUUUGAUCCUUUGCUAACAGUGUUGAAAACUGUGUACACGUAUGAUCUCCUUUUCCUUGUUUGUAUCACGAGUUGAUAGACACCGGUGAUCCUUCAAAAAUGAGCUUCCUUCCGCAAGAACAAGAAAACACGCCUCUCUGCGCUUGGUACUUCGAGACGUUCCUCAAAAUUACAACUUCGUUUGGGCUUGCAGGGGCUUCCUUGCAAGCUCCAGCAAUCUCUGGGAGAAUGACUGAGGAGGGGUGAGCACGACAUGACGGAACAAUUGGCAUAGAAGAGUUGGCGAGCGAGCAUCAUAUAACAGCUGCUUUAAUCCGAUCUUAAAAUUUUAGCGGCACUGUUGCUUGUAUAACUGUAACCAGCGAAAUAAAACGGAAGUAUGUACAUCAACAACAACAAAUCAAGUGUGCUGCCCUAGAGCUAUGCAGGCUACUUCAAACGAGUUACACAAAACUGCAUAACAGACCAUGUUGCCAUUAUCGUGUGCGCCCAUCUUCCACGUAAAACAAAAAAAAAUUUCGCCUGUGUACUUCCCUUGGGCCUCUCAUGCAACACUCUUAUAUGGAUGCUGCCUACUCCUCCCCUUGAUAAUCCACAUGCUCCUGCUCUCUCCCGAUGACCACUGCCUUCCCAUGUAGAAUGCAAAUAAACAUUGUGAUUGAGCCAAAACUAGGGCACAAUCUCUUGAGGCUUUGAAACUGCAGCUAUCACUGUGAACGUACUGAAAGUUGUAUGAAACGUCUUUUUGUUUUGCAGCUUCAGUGAAAACAGUUUUGUGUAGGAGGUAUUUAGACUUGCGCUGCUGACUCCACUGUUGCAGCAGGUCACAAGUCCCUAGGGGUAGUGUUGGCCUGAUAGUCUGGAGCUCUUGACCUGCAGAGGAGACAAACUUAGCAUACAAAAAGUGCAGCUGUAGGUGAACUAUCUAUCAGUGAUAGGUCCUGACAGCAUAAAUUCAAAUGUGAACAAAUCCGAAACUACUAAAACAUGUUAUUUCCUUUUCAGAUUCAUCUGCAUUUGUAACAGUGGCUUGAUUCAGACUUCAUUACUCCAUGCUUAGAAACUGGCUACAGAGAAACUACAUGUUGCACUUCCUUGUAGUUACGCAUAACAGGUGUUCAUUGCUGUCCGCAUUUCAAUUUUUGCCGAUAGUGCAUACUGGACUAAAACGGAAAUUCGGGCUAGUUGGUCUUGCACAAACAUAGGGAAAUCACAGUGCAUUGUAAACAAGGGAUUACCACAGUAACGGGGUGCUGUUUGUCUCAUUUCUGCCGUCAUCCUUUGUCUACAAUACGCUGUGACUUACCAAUGUUUGUAUGUACUGCUUGGUUUUAGACGGUGUUGUCAACUGUGCAUACUGGAUGUUUGAAGUUUGAAGAACAAAUCAAACAUUGAUGCAUAAUAUUUUGCUUAUGGUAAACAACUAGAUCAUUCAAUUACUCCUUUCUUAUUUAUGAAAUGUGUUUCCUUAGUAGAAAAUAUUUUUAGGUUAGGACCUCGUACACCUUUGGGCUUUGCUAACUGAGUUAAUGCGGAAAAAUGAAAUGCUUUCUGUGCUUGACCAACAUUUGGUUGAGCUAUAGCAUUAUAAACUCUCUCUUUGGUUCGCACUUCCAGCUGCGUGACGUCGGAAAAAAAUGAGCUUACUUAUGCUGCCUAGAAGUUUUUAACAUACUCUUCAACGAUCUUUAUAAUAUAAUUAACAGCCUAAACAAAAGUUACGCUUCCUACAGUAGCUAGACUUUGCUUUUAAAUGCAGCAAGCCUCAUCAAAUUCAGUGCAGUGGUUCCAGACAAAAAAAAAAUUCUGUUCCCAUGUAUUUAGAUAAGAGCCCUCAAGCUAAUGCUCCUUCUUAAGAUACAUAAUGAUAAUUUGUGCAGCUUAACAUGUUGUUUUAUCUUUCGUUUUUUUCCCCUAGUACUUUCAUGGUUGUAUCAAUUUAGUUUGAGUUUAGCAUGCUACAAAUAAGGUACAGUAGCGAUCAACCCCAUUUGGUUCACUGUAUCCCUGUUUAGGAGGUUUAACUGACCAUUUCAGCCAGCAUUGCAUGCCUUCCAUGGUCAUUGCCCCCUUAACACUUUCCUCUUUGUCAAAUGCAAAUGCAUAUUCAUUGUUUGGUUGAGCUCAAAUUGCACUUUCGUCCUCUGGACUUUCAUGCUCUUGUGUUAUUACUGCUCUACGACAAAUGUUUUUGUAAAACCCUUUCAUGCCACGGACAAGCUGCGUUCACCUGUGUACUUUGGUAAAAAUGGCCAAAGACAAGCCAAGCUCGUCGACACUACUUUUCAUUUUCUUGCAAUCUUUAUUAUUUUGCCGACAAUACUAUUAUAUUCUUUGACUUUUUUGUAUAGUGCUGCUAAGUUUAACUUUUGCGAUAAGUGUUUAAGAUUUUGUAUAUAAAUAAAUGUGUAAAAUAUUGUC